UAUACAUACACACUAUAUUGCCAAUAGUAUUGGGACACCCCUCCAACCCAUUGGAUUCAGGUGUUCCAAUCACCUCCAUGGCCACAGGUGUAAAAAAUCAAGCACCUAGGCAUGCAGACUGCUUCUACAAACAUUUGUGAAAGAAUGGGUCGCUCUCAGGAGCUCAGUGAAUUCAAGUGUUGUACCAUGAUAGGUUACAACCUGUGCAAUAAGUCCAUCCAUGAAAUUUCCUUGCUACUAAAUAUUCCACGAUCAACUGUUAGCUCUAUUAUAACAAAGUGGAAGAAACUGGGAAUAACAGGAACUCAGCCACAAAGUAGUAGGCCACAUAAAAUGACAGAGCGGGAUCAGCGCAUGCUGAAGUGCACAGUGCGCAGAAGUCUCCCAUUUGUCUGC